AUUAAUGCAUUUCGCUCUCGUUUUUGUCAAUUAUCUGCUUCUUGUGAAUUUGGGGACGUCGACAAGAAAAUUAAAUCGCAGAUUAUUUUAUCCUGUUCAUCAAAGCGUCUUCGUCGCAAGGCUUUGAGAGAUACAACCAUGACACUUGAGACCUUAUUGAAUGAGGCACGAGCUCUGGAAAUCUCGGAAACGCAAGCAAAGGAUAUCGAAUCGUCGGGAAAUGUGGCUAACGCUGUGCUUCCUACUCCAUCACAGCCGAGAAAAAUUGUUUCAAUUGCGGUGGAAUUUGGCCACACGACUCGAAGACGGGUUGUCCCGCGCGAAAUCGCAAGUGCAACGGCUGUCAUAAAUAUGUUCGCUAUGCGAAAUGCUGCACGCAAAAGUCACGUGAGACCCGAAAUUCCCGAAAAGGAAAGCAGUCCCGUGGACGUGGUAAUCUCAAGGAAAAGAAAAAACCAAAUGUUAACCGAUUGA